GGCGGGUCUUCUGUUGUCUGUGAUCAGUUGGAAAUUUGAAAUACAAAACAACAGUCUUCUUGUUGGAUGUAACACUUCCAGGCUUUCAGAGUCGUAGAAUGGUAAAAUACUCGAAAUUUUCGAAAAUUGACACAAUGGUCUGCGAGUCAAAGUGAGAAAACACUAACAGCAGCUAAAGACUCUUGCAGCACCUGAGCUUCCUGCUGAACAAAGAAGGGAAGGGAAACAGGAACAAUAGCAAAGACAAACACCUCAAGAGGAGAAAAAGAGAAAGCAGUAAUGUUCAGAACGAUCACCCGUCUGCUUUUUGGGGGAGAGGAGAAGACCCCUGAAGAUGUCAAGUCUGGAGAAGUGGUGGAAGAAGGGUGGCUUGUUGUCAAUCAUCAAGAGAACCAGGAUGCAGAUGUUCCCGAUAUCCAACAAUCAAACUCUGCUAUUAACGCAGACACUGAUACAACACUGGAAACUGUUACCAGUGCGACAGAUCCAGAGCCCACAGUUCAAACCAGCAGCACCACCAGUAACAGUCGAGCCAUCAUUGGCCUUGUUUCUCAGCCUAAAACUCUGGCAGAAGUGACACAGUUAACCCAGAAGGCUAAGUCCUGUGCAGACCGGCACCACAUGUCCCGCAAUGCCAUUCAGCGCCAAAACCGUGUUCGUCAAGGAGUCCAACACCAGUCCUUCCACCUCCAACAGCCAGGGCAUCGCACCCUCAGCCACUGAAGCUCUGGCUGCACACCCAGCACACAUCAUACACAUUUAACAUACUCUAAUAAACACACAACUGGCUCUCAGAGUUGAUAAGAAAAGCACUAUUCUGUCUGUUUUUAUAUAUUUACAGUCUUGUGCAGUUAUAAUCUAUUCAUGUAAUCUUGAUGUAAUCAAUGACAACACUUGACAACUGUUAUCAGUUAAUAGGCAGCUACAUUAUAACCUCAUGAAAUGAGAUACACUAUGUUUUUUUUGUUGUUGUGUGCAUGUGAGUUUAGACAGAUAAUGUGCUGAGUGGAUGCAGAAAGUACAGCCUAUGCAAAAUGUAUCCUCAAACAUUUUUGGAGCAAGAUGAUGUGAUUUGUGUACCGACAUGCUUUUACCUGUAUGUACGUAGUUUAAAACCUUUUUAUACAGCAAUAAAAAGGACAACAUUGCAGCUUGUGCUUUAUUCAUUAGGAAUUCAAAUCCAAACUUCCAAAUGACAUUGAACUGCUCACUAUUUGACAGAUGCACAUGUUAAGAUCUCAUUGGUUGGGGGAUAAUUGCACCUGCUGUGUUCUACUACACGUUAACCUGUGGGAAGGGUGCUAUCACCUCAGUGUUUGAUUGAAGGUUGUAAGCAUGGAAGUCUCCCCUGAAACAAAACUUAACAAGCAGUCAACUUUCAGUUACAAAAGUUUUGAUGAUUCAUCUCAGUCGGCUGAUGGCUCAUCACCAAGUGACUUCACCUGUGAUUCAAACAAAAAGCAUGUGGAGGAUGCAGAUCUCAGUCACCUCCCAAAACAGAUCCCUCUGACACAGCUGGCCUCUGGUAGCCCAAAUUUAUAUGAAAGAGGCUUAUCCAACCUCAAAGAGACAAACAAGGACCGCUCCAGUCAGGACACGCUCAUACUGGUUUAUGCCACAUCUAUCAUCUUUGCCACUGGAGCGACCAUUGCUUUGAUCCUGCAAAUUUACCUCGGGGGAAGCUCGGUCUUCAUAAAAGGUGUGCUGGUGUCGGAUCAUGAACGCUGCACAGCACUCGGCCAGCGGGUCCUUAAUGAUCUCGGCUCCAGUGUGGAUGCAGCCAUCGCUGCCACUCUGUGUUUGGGUGUUGUGCAUCCACAUGUGUCAGGUAUUGGUGGAGGAGGGGUGAUGCUGGUUCAUGACAUCCAUAAGAAUGAAACCAGCUUAAUAAAUUUUCAGGGAACUGCACCAAAAACACUCAAAGAGGAAAUGCUACAGAAUGGCUUAGAGCUAAAGGCAGAUCUGCAAGUAGGAGUGCCAGGUAUGCUCAGAGGGUUACACCAAGCUCACAGGCUGUAUGGAAGUUUAUCUUGGAAGGAUGUGGUUACCAGAGCAGCUGACGUAGCCAAAGAGGGUUUUAAUGUGUCUCACAGUCUCGCUGAGGCAAUAUCGAAAGUAAAAGAUGAGAAGCUAUUGCAACGUUUCAGGACUGUAUUUCUCCCCGACGGCCGAGCUCUGCGUCCUGGUUCAUUUCUGAGGAUGCCCAGUCUGGCUGGAGUCUUGGAAGCUGGCCUGUCGAAUUUCUACAAUGGAAACUUAUCACAAGAGAUGGAGGAUGAGGUGCGAGCCAACGGAGGGGUCUUGAGCAGAGAGGACAUCAGUAACUACAGUGUACAAGUAAAGAAACCAGUGGAAGGCCUGUUCAAUGAGUUUAUAAUUCAAGUUCCUCCUCCCCCAUCUGUUGGUGCAGCAUUGAUAUCGGCUCUCAACCUCUUAGAGGGACUUAAUCUCAGUGAGAACAAUAACACAGAAAAUCAAACAUACCACCAGACUGCUGAGGCUCUGAAAGCAUCUCUGGCUAUGGCAAGUGGUCUGGGUGACCCUAAAUAUAACUCUUCAGUGAAUGAUCUUCUCUUUGACAUACUGAGCAAGAAUCACGCUGACGUGCUUCGACAGAGGAUCAAUCACUCCAGUACAUCUCUACCUGAACACUACUCCACUGUCCCCUCCCUCCAGACUGAGCUGGUGGCUGGACAGGUAGUGGUAAUGGGACCAGAUGACCUCAUGGUGUCAGUGGCCAGUUCCCUGAACAGGCCAUUUGGGAGCAGAAUCAUAACGCAGUCAGGCGUUAUUCUAAACAGCCUAAUCCUCGACUUCUCCUGGCCAAACAAAACCCGAGGGCAACUCCAAACCAACCAGAGAAACAGAGUCCAGCCUGGGAAGAGGCCCCUGUCCCCUCUCAUGCCCACAAUAGUGGUGCCAGCCUGGCAUAAAUGUGGGAUCUACAUGGCACUAAGCGGCUCAGACAAACACAGUUUGAGCGCGAUUACCAAGGUGUUGAUAAGGGCACUGUCUGAUUAUAAAGAGAAAAACAACAGCCUUUCCCUGAGAAGACUCCAUCCCCAACUUCAACCAAACAGACUUCACGCUGAGUCUGAGUUUCCAGAAGAGAGUGUGCAAUUUUUGCAAGCAAAGGGCCACGUAGUUCAAAGGGUGAAGACAAACACCGUUGUCCAGGGGAUCCUGAGGAACAAAGAUAUCAUCAAGGCCAUAGCUGUACCUCAAUUAUUUAAAUAGUAGUUUAUUAAAGUUUGAUGUUCUGAUGAAUUUUACAGACAUUUCCAAUGACGUAUGAAAUGAAAUAGUAACAUCUGAAUAAGCUGUUGUAUAAUGUAAGUUUAUGCUGUACUGCCUAUUUUGAAAAGUGUUUAGCCCUUGUGUUACUGUAAUCAUGAGCCGAUAGAGGAAAGUAAUUCAACUGUUGAAAAAAGGCAAAAUCUCUGCUCAUAUGAAUGAUCUUAAAACUUAAUAAAGUGACAAACUCAUCAAACAUGAGCUCC